AUGGCAGUGCAGAUCGGCUCAUCCUCGCGUAAAUCAAAUCGAAUUUUGCGGCGUAGUUUCUACACCAUACCACACCGUGCCGUGCAUAAAUAUGUCGUCGCCACCAUAAAAAAUAGGGAUGGCAAGGAAAUGGAUUACUUGAAGCUUUUCUGA